AUGACUACCAGGAAUAGAUUGGUGACAACUGGAGAGACAGUGGACAUCCAGGAGAGACUGGAAUUGGGCAUCAAGGGCCGGCACCCCAAGAUGAUGACUCCGGGUCUCAAGAUCCAUCGGUCUAAGAAGGGUUGUCAGCCUGAUCCGGAGCAGAGACAGUGCACAGACUUGUCUUGUGAGACACAGGAGGACCACAGCCAGGAAGAACACCACAGUGCUGAUGAUCUCCAUGAAUCUGAGGUGGAACAGGUGGAUGAGCCUACAAGAACAGAACAUGAUCUUGGUAGCCAGGGCAGUCGUACAGACGACAGACUAGAGCGCAUCAAAUGGCCAGCCAUGAACGACAAACAGUGGAAGGAGUUUGACGAGGAUGUAGAUGGCAUCGUGGAACAGGUGUUACUUGGAACGGUAGAGAGGAAACUGAGGACCGCCAAGAACAGACGGCAGAUAAAAAUAGAGAAGUUGAGGAAGGACCUUCGCAACUUGGGGAACCAGUACAGACAGGCAUCAGAGCUAGAGAAAAUGGGUCUACAAAAACUACGAGACCACACCAGACGCAGACUUCAAGACCUGAGGAAAUCGGAAAGGAUACGAAAAGCCAGAAGGGAGAAGGCCAGACAAAGAUCACGAUUUCUUUCCUAUCCCUAUGGUUUAAGCAAGGAAACCCUUGAAGAGAAGAAAGCGGGACAGCUAAAUGGUUCUAAAGAGGAGGUUGAAGAGCAUCUGAAGAACACGAUCUCUGAUCAGGCGAGACAUAUGCAGAUGGAGGGACAUGAACGCAUAGCCCCAGUGCCCAUGCCCAUUGUUGCAUUUACUGAGGGAGAACCAACCCUCAAAGAGGUCCAAGAUAUAAUCAAGAAGGCUAGAUCCAAGUCAGCACCAGGCCCAAAUGGAAUACCUUACAAGGUGUACAAGUCAUGCCCAAAACUGCUGAGACGGUUGUGGAAACUAUUGAAGGGGGUCUGGCGUAAAGGAGAUGUACCUGUGGUGUGGCAGCGAGCAGAAGGCAUCUUCGUCCCAAAGGAGGAGGUUUCCAAGGAUAUUGGAAAGUUCCGGACAAUAUCAUUGUUGAAUGUGGAGGGCAAGAUCUUCAUGUCAGUGGUUGCCAGGCGUCUUACAACAUUCAUGACCAGUAAUGGGUACAUUGACACAUCAGCACAGAAGGGAGGUGUUCCAGGAUUCUCUGGCUGCAUUGAACACACAUGCGCUAUUAGCCAGUUAAUCAGGGAAGCUAAGAUUAACAAGACAGAUCUCACAGUUGUAUGGCUGGAUCUAGCAAAUGCGUAUGGCACAGUACCCCACCAGGUAAUAGAGUUUGCUCUGAAACACCACCAUGUACCAGAACAUAUUCAGAGCAUUGUCAGAAGCUACUACAGAAACAUCAACAUGCGCUUCACAACAAAGAACUUUACAACAUCCUGGAUACAGCUUCAGAAGGGGAUUGGCGAGGAUAUCCCAUCACUUAUUGACAACCCCGUCAAGUGCUUGGGUAAAUGGUUUGACACCACACUGGGUGAUAGCAGAAAUAACACAGAGCGCAUCAGGCAGCAACUGAGGAAUGGGCUCGCAAAGAUAGAGGGAACGGGCCUACCAGGGAAGUUCAAGGCAUGGCUUUUUCAGCAUGGCCUCCUGCCCCGUCUUCUGUGGCCACUAAUGUUAUAUGAGAUCCCAACAUCGACGGUUGACAGCUUGGAAAGCAUGAUAAACAAGAGCCUCAGACGAUGGUUCGGACUUCCAUCAAGUAUGACAAGUAUUGGACUCUACAACAGAACCGGAAUGUUGCAGCACCCUCUUUCAUCAAUCGUAGAGGAGUACAAAGUUAGUAAGGCAAGGCUCGUGUUGACCCUACGAGACUCUAGUGACAUGAGCAUCAGAAAUGCAGGGAUAGAGGUCAGAACUGGAAGAAGAUGGUCAGCAUCCAAUGCAGUUGAGCAGGCAGAGAGUCGACUGAGACAUCAAGACAUAGUGGGAACAAGUUGUCAAGGUAGACAGGGACUCGGCUUGAACACUAGACAACCGUGGAGUUCAGCCACAACAGUCCGAAGAAGAGAACUUGUUCAGAGCGAAAUCCGAAAGGAAGAAGAAGAGACAAGAAAGGUGAAAGCAGUCCAGAUGGGGAGCCAGGGAAGCUGGACAAAGUGGCAGACAACAGGGAGGAAACUGUCAUGGACAGAUAUCUGGAAGUACCAGUUUCUUCAACUGCAGUUCCUGAUCCGGGCAGUUUAUGAUGACUUGCCAACACCGGCGAAUCUCCAGAGAUGGGGGCUGAUUUAG